GGCUUCAUGUUUAGCAAAUACCUUGCACCAAAUGUGUCUCAAAAUUUAAUAUUGUAUCCCUCGUAACAGCUUCUGCGUUUUAAACAUUGAUUCAGACACGCUUUGUUGACACGUUUCUGACAUAUGCAGAAAACAAACUGUGUGCCAUGGACAGACUGUUGACUACCGAGGGGGAAAAAAAAUAUGGAAAGCAGUGGGCGGGACGUGAAGCUGGGUGGCGGGUGGGUGAGAUGACGUGAAGGGGGAGCGGGAAGGCAUAGGCUGCUCAUUAACGAGUAAGAAGGGCGGAGCUGUGCAUCAGGCGAGAGAUUAUCCAAGUGAGAAAGAAGAAGCAGAUGUUUAAUUAGGAUCUUCUGGGAUUCACGCAAUUGAAACAUUACAAACGCAUGAAGGGUUGGAGGAGUUCGGUGGCAAAUAUCAAGAAAGGCCGAUGAUCACGGGUGUGUGUACGUUGGGGUGGUGGUGAUGGGGGUGGUGGUGACCCCCUCAAGAAACUCGUUCUGCAUGCGUAAACUGAUAAACUUAAUUUCAGCAGAUUAAAUCAGUAGAGGUGGAUGUUUCUGUGCACACGAACAUACAAAACAAAAAAGAAAACAAGUUUGUCAAGAAUAUAGCACGCCAUCUGGUCAGUCGUCGCACGCGGACAAUAAUGAUGACGUUGCUAAUGUCAUAUAAAUGUCUGUUUAUGCGAGAAUAAGGCAAUUCUGCGGCCUGUAAAAUAGCAUUUAUGUCAAAUUCUUACCCUCCAAAAAGAAGAGAAGGAAGGAAAAAUGAUGAUGACGACGAAAAGUAAAAACUAAAAGUUCAAAACACAUUGAACAUAGCAAAACCCUUAGCUCGGGUUUCUCCGUGCAGUCAAUUUAUCUUGGUUCAUCAUGUUGAGGUAUACGAGAGCUUGUACGACGCGCUGGCGAGGUUUUCGCCCGACAACAGACAGCGCAGAACGUCAGAUUUCGCAAGAUUGGCGGUCGGCUGAAACAGCGCCAACUGCCGACAUCCUGCUCCGGCGUCUGGCUUUGGCCAAACACAAAAUGGGAGCCCGAUCUUUCUGAUGUGACUGACAUUUCCAACGCGUCAGCCACGCUGUCUACAGCUGAAAUGUUCUUGAUGUCGAUGACAUACUUUUUGCACAGGUCAGUGAGGUGUAUCAUUCUCGCCCAUUACGAGGGUGGAUAGUGAUUCACAGGGGGGAAAAAAAAACUCUCUUCAGUAAAUGGCUUUCUGUGUCUUCUGUUCUACCUCAUUCGGGACACUGCGGUAAGUCCCUCAGCAGGAAAGACGCAGUUUGUGUCCAGUAUUCCAGGAAAAACAACUUGUUUUCUUCUGAAGACGAAUGUGCGAAAAGACGCAAAAUAGUAAAGAGUGCGUGCGAUUGUCCUUAGACCGUGUUCUUGCCAGAUAUAAACAGCGCGCAUUGCAAUGUGUUUGGUUGGAGACAUACGUGUCCUGAAGUGAGUGUUUCCCGCUUACAGGUUAAAUUUUGUUUUCUCACUGUGUCUCCUGAGUAUGAUAGAUGAUGUUUUCUUGUCAGAACAGCACUUUAACAAGGGUGUUCUAUGGCUAAACGUCUAUGUCACAUAUUAUCAAUCUACUAACCCUCCACGUUAGUCGCAGAGACUCAAGGGAUGGAAGUCCACCAAAACUCGCCACCUUUGAAGACAAAUCGUUUCAUCUGCACGACGCUUCUGGCUUAUCGCAGACAAUUAAGGGACAUUUUUAUUGCACCUCGUCAACAAUGUUUUGAGAAGACGUGUUAACUUGAUUCACUUUUUUUUUCAUCGGACAAAAAUUCUACCCAAUUACUUACAGAUCUCUGGCCCUGCAAGACAAACGAAUUCAUCAACAUAUUCAGCCUCAUUCAGAAUGAUGUCGCUCUUCUUGCUGCUAGUGCCAGCACUGCUGUGCCACGUUGUUGUGAGUGGUCAAACCCUGCAAUCUCCGGUGCCGGUGGAAGGAGAAAUCGAACCGUCCAAUACCACGAGCAUCGAUGAUCUGUCGUUUGCAGGGGUGAGAAACGAGAAUGAAGACAACAGCUCUGUACCCGAGAAUCUGAGCACUGACGCGGUACGGAGCGUAACCACAACAUCAGAUACCUUCUCCAGCGAUGUGGACAAUGAAGAAACGCCAGAAAGGGUAGAUGGGAUCGGAAAGCACCGAGUUCCGACGUUGAAAUCUCUUAUCGCACGCGUUCAGCAAAGAGUCACCACUUACCCGAUUCUGUACCAGGGACUAAAGAAAGGAAGAGAAGGCAGGGACUCGCUGAACGAAGAAGAGGGUCUGAGAGGUGCAUCGGGCAGCCGCACAUGGUUUGAGAAAAAUCCCAAAGUCACCAUCACCGUUGAUGCCCAAGGAUACCCGCACAGGAUUGGGGCAAAGGUCAGAUCCCGUGUCACGGAUCAUCAACAGUCUAACCAAGGAGGCGACGCUGUCCUCGCCAUCGGUCGCUCUGGAAAUGGCGGGUUGUUUGCUGAGCAACAUGCUCCUUAUACUAGUAGCAGAACGUCAAACAAUCAGCUGCCCGAUUCAAACGGGUAUUCGGGGUACAGUGGCAAAAACAGCAUGAAUUCAAACUACGGUGCGGGUGCAAGACAAAGAACGCGGGACUACCCUGCAGCAUCUGACAUAUCCUUGUUGUUCAGUAAGUUGUCGCAGAUUGAGAAUGAACUGUUGGGUCUGAAGGAAACUGUCCUGCUACAGGGCUCCGUCCAUAUUCGAACCUCCCAGCGCCUGGAGGCGCUGAUUGUCAACCAAAUCAAACUUGCACUACAGAACAGCAGGACCAGCACUCAAAUACUAGAGAAGCUCAACAGUUGCUGCGGAUGCACGGCGCCUGGCAAAGAAAGCGCGGACCUUUCCCCCGAUUCUCCGUUAUCUAGAAGAGCAAGCAUGCCAGAUCAAACAGGAACAUCUUUUGUAUCCAACGGCACACAACCUUCAAAUUCAAGCUCUGCAAUUCGGAAUGUUACUGAAGUCGAUGACACCCUUCGGGAAUCGAGAAGUGAUGUCAAGGAGACAAAUGGACGACAAAAUCAAACCUUUGUUGUCAACGCGACUUCAGAGCGAGCUACUUCCUCUGGUCCUUCGACAAUGGUUAGGAAAGUUGUAGAUGUUCCGAUCGAGGCUAUGCCCUCUAACACUACGCCGACGACGACACUCUCAAAAAUGGCAGUCACGAGCCCCACACCCAUAUCUGAAGCGACUGCGACUUCUGUUGUCUCUACAGCUAAGAGUCAUCGAGAAAAUGGUGAAGAAGUUACUGACGACGAAAGGAAACCACGAAAACAAGCCGAUGAGGAGAUACUUGCUAAGAAGCUUCACGACCCUGGUGACGAAGAUAGCGAGAGUGAUGAAGAAGACGAAAGCGACGAGGACAGUUCUGACGAUGACGACAACGAGGAGGAUGAAAACCAAUCAAAAUAUCGACGCAAAGAGCCUCAUGGUGCUGACAGUGACGACGACGACGACGAAGAUGAUGAUGAUAGCGAUAAAGAAGAGAAAGAAGCCGAUGAUAGUGAUAAAACAAAAAUGGACCGACAUGGAGAGAGCGACGAAAACAGCGAAAACUGGAGAAAGAGCGAAAUUUUGAACAUACGACGAACAGAAGCAAGAGCCAGGACAACGAAUUUUAUCAGACAGAGAAAGAAAGGAAGUCUGAAACAAGAGAAGCACAACGACCAACUUCUCUGGGAAAAGUGACUCCCUUUAAUGAACAUCCGAGCCAAGGAUUUCAACCAUCUACAAAUGCGAGUACGGAAGACUACGGCAACGAUGAACGUCGAGACGACAUUCAAGAUGACGAGAAGAACAAAGGAAUUAUGGCUGCCACUGACAGUGUUGUGACCCUAAACGGCUCAGUCUCUGACCCCGCAGAUACUUAUGUUGCUGGUUUAAACUCUAGUAGGCGCGUGCCUGAACAUUCAGUAAACUUUACGGAAGAUACCACCUCAACUGUCUCUUCAGGAGUCUCAACAGAGAUGGUAAUCUUAGAGAUGGUAUCACCUGCUGUCACGCAAACUGGGGUACCAAACGACAGUAAUAGCAUUGUAGAUAGCAAGACUACACACGAACCACAAAUCUUCGACUCCAGCGGGAGAGCCACCGGGGACCGUGCAACGGUUGCAGAAGGGCAAAAUGCCCCGAAGUUAAACAAUGUGAGCAACGGGACUGCUAAACUCGAACAAGAUGCCAGGCAAAAUAAACACGCCCGACAGGAAAGCAGAUUGAAUGCUUCCGACAUAGUUUCCUUUGUAGAUGGUGAGGAGACCGUGUCUUUGGAAACGAGUGCUGGUGAAGAAGAGAAAAAUAUUUCUGAGACAACUGCGAUAGUUGUCGAACUAACAUUUCCGACCCACACCUUAUAGAACUUGCUGAUAGUGGGAAUACGCAACCUUCUCAUGGAAGCAAAGAGUCCAGUGUAUCUAGGUUUCUAACGAAGGAUGGCAAGGCAUCUUCUGGUGAGCAAAUGCUCAACAACAGUAGAGUCGCAGAUUCCGCUCAUGCUCACACGCAGAAUGAUGAACCAAAAGGAAAGGAAACAGUUGAUGCUGACGAUGAUAAUGACAAAAGAGACAGACUGUCGACUCCUAAUGAGCGCAGAACAGCCGAUGAAGGAUCAAAAUACACAAGCGUUAGUCCAAGGGAACAAAUUUCCUCCAGGGAGACAGCUACGACGACGACGACGACGACGACGACGACUAAAGUAUUGCUGGGCAAUGGUGGUGUAGAUGUCAACGGGUGAGAAAAGACGAUGCCGCACAGGAGAGGGACGUGGGAGAAGGUCAAAGUUCACUCUCUGGUCAUGAACGCCCUGCAAUGGCAGAGAACGACACCGCGACCCUUGACCCAGAUGAAGGUGGGGACGUGAACACCACCGCUGAAGCGGCGCCGCAACGUGUUCCGGCUGACCUUGCAUCACCUGUAAUCCCUCCUGCGACUGUCGUUCCUCCCACCAUCGCCUACACCAGCACGGACCUGCAGCACCUCCACACCAGAGAUCGGACUCCCUUGGCGAGAACGACAUCUACACCUACUACCACAGUCACGAUCGCUACCACAACUACCACGUCACUAGCUAAGCCGACUACUGGCAAGGUCUCUGGAUCUCGUGCGGAGUCGGGACCCUCUUCACAUUACGAUUCCGAAGAACCCGAAAGACGGCCUAGCCUCGAAGUGGAUUUGUCAUCUGGAGCGAUACAGGGUGACAACAUUCAAGGAAUGACUUGGAGUACUCCUCUGUAUCCUCCGAGAAACACGUCUUUACGGAGGGCCAGAGUGCGGAUGGGCAAAGCGAAAAGAGAAACUCGUGCCAAGGAAACAGGCUGCCGUUUACAAGGUGUUCUCAAGUUUACAUUCACGCCACCGGCACGUCCAUCAAAACAUCUUCCCAGUCGUUAUUAUCACACUCGUGGUCGCCUCCAGAGCAGUUCGCAAGUCGAUAAUGCUUCGAGUGCACAGAAAGGUUCCAGGCAAGAGCUUCAACUUGAUUUAUGGUUUCAAAGUCCCAGAUCGUGGGUCUUUAAUCUCGGCGAUUCAAUCGCAAACAACGGCUUUUCUGGAGAUGGAGCUGUUCAGGAAAAUGACUGCGAAGCUCAAGGUUACGGCACCGACUUCGCUGUCUACGGAAGCGACAAACACGUCAACGCUCGGCAAAAGCUGCUGCAGUCAAAGAGGAAUUUUAUUUACGACAGAAUCACGCUUGUGGUUAGCGACCAGACCGUCUCCUGGAACAACCACCGAGGAGAAUCCGCUUCCUUGAGAGAUCCGAGCCUCUUCGCUCUGGCUGGGCAGUCCGACAACCAAGGCGAUGUCAACUACGAUGUCUACUUAGGACUGAAUCGAGUCAUUGACGGAGACUACCGAAGUGGUCAAGGACUCUGUAAAGUCGUCGCCACGUGGCUGAAAUGACAUUGGUUUAUCUACAUCUCCUGUUGACCCUACGUACUUUAUCAUCUUCAUUCCUUCCUUCACGUUUUUUUUGUCAACUCUCUCCCAUCCGUCAUCACUUCCCUUCUCCCCCUACAAGGGCUUUUUCUUUCUUCAGAUGGCGCCAUAUACUUUUUUCUUGUUUCCUUCUGGUUUUGUUUAGUUAUAAAUUUUUUUCUUAUUUAUUUCUAUUUUUCUCUUUGUGGUCAUGUACUGACAAUUUGUCUUAAAAUACCCAGAAAAAAUUACAUACACGUGAACUGCGGUUGAAUUGUAUUGUGCAACGUUUUCUUUUUAAUUAUUCGCUCGUUGAGAAAGAUUAAGCUUUGGGCUUUUUGUUUUGUUUUGCUUUUCAUUGUUUUGUUUUGUUUUGUUGUUUGGCAGCUAAAAUACAAGCGUGUGUCUGAAACAUGGAUUUUCUUUUUGUGAUAGCAUUUUCUGACCAGGCGCCUUUCACAAGUCUUCUGAAAGAGUGGGAAUGAAAGUCAUUUACUCCAAUAAUUAAUUAUGCUCGAGGUCAAGCUGUAAGAGAAGUGGUAUAAUGUUUAUUAAGUGAUAAUUGCUGCAUUUUUGCCUCAGCUUGUUUAAACUGUCUUGAAAAGCGUGUCUGUGUGCCUCGCAGCAAGCGAACUGGAGUCCUAAAGAACUAUGUGCAGCAGAAUUCUCGUGAACAGAUGAGACUUCAGCGGGGUACCCGAGCCUAAUACACAAAGAUCCCAGUCGAGCGAACGAUGUUGUUUGCUCUCUGUUACAUUUUGGCUCAAUACGUGUCUUUCUGCUCGUCUGCCUCUGCAUAUCUCUGGUAUGCACACGAUGUAUAUGGAAAGACCCUGGGUUGGUUUCUACGUACACAUAAUUUUAUCCUUCCUCUCUCGUUCUCUCUCUCUCAUCCUUACUGCCUAAUUUCGUUGUCCCCAUUUGUUCUCGGUCAUAGAGAUAUGUUACAAUUGCUUCUGCGUUGCAUUGUUCACACACGUUGGCCCCACGAAAAGUGUUGCCCCUAACACCACACUCCCCGACAACCAAAUAAGUUUAAGGGACGUUUACCUUAUCUCUCUUCCUCCCUCAUAUGUGUGCGUGUCUGUCAGUUCACGUGCUGUCUGUGUGUAAGAGAGAGAGAAGUGUGUCACAGACGUGUAUCAUGGGUUGGGAUACGUGAGCUAGAAAACUGUGAAACGGGUUUAAAUGUGCGUUUAUAUGCAAGUAUGCUGAUGGUAAAGUGGGAUGUCAUAUUAUAUUUUGGUCAAAUGUCAAUUGUAAAUGCAGUUCGGAUAUUUGAAAAAAUAUAAGGCACUGCAUGCUGAUCUGUUAGCAAUACUGUGCCAUGCAGUGAAUGACAUUACAAGCAAGGACAGGGCAUUAAACACUGUUUUCAGAGUCUUUUUUUAAAAUGUUUAGUUAAAAUGACAUUAGUUAUUGUUAUGCUAGUUGUUUAUAGCUAUUGCCCUUUGCACCUCCGCGUGUCCUUAACCUCUAAGCUUAACCCUUUAUUUACACGUUGCUUUUAUAUAUAUAUUAUAUACACAAACGCACAUUUACUUUAAGAAUAACAGGGAAAAUAUGAACGUGGCACUCAUUACUAUUGUGCCUUCUAACUACCUUGGUGUCUUCCCAAAUAUUAAUUUUUACGGGUUCCGCGGGAAGUUUGUGUCUGAAUUUAUAUGUUGUCAUUUUUUGUGAUGUUGUAAUUUACUGCACGCGAUACUGUACUGAUAAAUGAAAAAUACAGUUUAGUACAUUUUAAAUUUUGAUUGUACUCACCUGCGAUUGUUACACUGUGGCCCUUGCACCAGCUUUUGUAUAUUUAUAUAGGACUGCGAGUUAUUCCUGCACUGAAUUAAAACAGAUAUGUUUAGCAUAUUUGAGAGCUGCCAUGUACUGACUUGACUUGGUAAAAACAGUUCAUUCUUAUGCUCA